UCUGCAUCAAAAUAAAACGGAAUAUGGAAAUGGUGUUCACGAAAAAUCCAAUAGUGAUGUCCUAAAUUCUGUUUAAUUGUAUACUUAGUAUUGUGAGGUAACACCUUGUUUUGGCGUUAACUUUGGUUGUCUGUGCGACAUUAUAAUUCAUCCAUUAGCAGAUAAUUGUUUAGACGAAAAACACUAAACUUCCGUUUUCACUCUGAGCGACACAAUCUGCAGCUUGACUUUGUGUUAGCCACAUCUCACCAUAACGCCUCACAGUCUGCAGGUGAACAUCAUUCAGUUCUAAUACAGUUUGUGAUUUAAAGAACCAAGGUCUGCCACUGCUAUAGUAACCUUAUAUUACAGACACAGUGUAUCUGUGACGUUCGACCCGGUUCUUUCUAUUUUAUAGCGAGCUAACGGUAGCGUUAGCAGAGCAGCUCCAGGGAUGGCGGAGGUUCCCGGGACAUCAAGUGAAACCAUAACGGAGACUGUUGAGACCAGCACACCGCCACCGCCCCAACAGGAGGGACGAAGCCUGACAAUCAAGCUGAGGAAGAGGAAGACUGAAAAGAAGGUGGAGUGGUCCAGUGAUACUGUUGACAACGAGCACCUAGGAAGAAGGUCUUCAAAAUGCUGCUGUAUCUAUGAGAAGCCAAGACAGUUCGGAGAGUCGUCCUCUGAAAGCGAGGGAGAUGAUGAUGAAGAAGGGUGUGGCAGUGCUCACUGUAUUCUGGGCCACGGCAGGAGAGGCCAUGGACAGAGGGGGGGUGGGGGGACCACAGUGCCCCCAAACUCCGGAGGGUCACACAGCCACUAAUGAGUACUGCAGGCUGAUUGUUGGGUCUUCGGGGUUUCUCACCACAACAAUGACACAUUACAAAUCUGCACUUUUUUUUUUUUUUUUAGUUUAGUUCAUCAUCACUGAAGUACAGGUAGGCCUGGUGCUGCACUCCAGUCAUGAGCCAGAAACUCCAGCUGCUGGAGCAGGAUUACAGCCUUGGUACGGCUGCUGCUAAAGGCACAGCACAAGAUGGAUUAUUGAAUUAGCCUCAUUGAAAAUCCUGAUCUUCUUUCGACAGAUGAAAGCAUGCUCACUAUUGUGCCAACUGACAUAAGUAAGAUGGACUGACAACUCAAAUUUAAAAUUUCUUUGAAAUAACAAUUUUUUAAACUGCAAGAGUUUUAAAAUGAGACAUGCAGUGAAGGUACCAUACCAAUCUAUUGCAUGUUUUAACUCCAUCACACACAGGGUGCAUUACAUCAAUGCUGAGCAUUUCCAAAAACAAGAGUGGCUUUCCUAUUCUCCAGACAGUCAUUGGUUUCCAUUUAUUUAACUAUGCUAUGACAAUAAACUUUAAGGAUUGUGAUUCAUCACAAUGAACCUCUUGUUUGCUUUUAUUUUUGUCUGAGUUGUUUUGCAGAAAUGCUAUUAAGGUUACAACUGAGAAAUAUGUCCAUCAUAACUUCAUCCUCUGAACAUUUUCCAGUUAAUCGACGAGUAAUUGUUGUCUAUAAAAUGUUGGACGAUCCAAAAUGACCUUCAUCACACUAUUCGGGACCUAAGGUGACGAACAACAUUCAGCAAUUCAGUUGAUGGAACAAAGACAAUCAUCAAAUGGUCACACUGCAGAAGCAGUGACUGUUGAAAGGACUGGAAAGAUUACAAGUACUCCAUUGUACUCCAUUGCAGCUUAAUUUUCUGUCAGUCAGCUAAUAAACACAAAUCAAUUGAGCUCUAUUAUUAUAGUUAUAGUUUUUUCAAUUAAUUUAGCUUGGUCUUCAGAAUGCCUAACUUGAUUAAAAACAGCCAUCACACAUAUGAGAGCUGUAAAGUGACCUUGUUUAAUUAAAGAACCCAAAGAUAUUCACAAAUAUUUAGGCACAUUAAAAAAAAUCACAAAAUAUAUCACCAGCCCAAUACCAUGGCAACACGUUUUACAACAAAAACACUGAAAUGAUUGAUUACACAAGCCAAGCAAGUUUCAGGCUUUUACAAGCAUGAUUAUGGAACAAAUUCCAAUUGUUGUAGCUAAUACUUGUAUUAAGUCUAAUGUAUAGUGAUGUCACCAUAUGGAAAGCCAACACUGGUUAUUAAAUCAGCCUGAUUGGAGAUUCUCCUCUCCUCUCCACAGCUGGAUAUAUAGAUAUUGUGUCAGCUGAACUGAUUAGUGUGGAAAGGCUGCAACCCUUACAUACAGAAACAUACAGCCCUGCUCACACAACUGCACUAUACCAAUUGUCUUGCAUGUUGUAGCCUUUUUUCGCACUUCAUGUACGUACAUUGUUAGUUUAUAACUGAUGUGUUGGUGAGCUUCAGGUCGGUCUAAAAGUUAGAGUUACUGUACCAUACUGGAGUAAAAUGAAUGGAAACCAAUGGCUGCCUAUUAAUACAACCAAAACAGCUCAGAGUGUUUGGAAAAUGGACUUCAGCAGUAAUGUACUUUACAUUACUGCUGAAGUCCAUUUGAGUUUGUGAUUUGUUAUGAAAGAGUUAAAACCAGUGAUGGAAGAAGCAUUCAGAUCCCUUACUUAAGUUAAUGUACUAAUACCACACUGUAGAAGGACUCCACUAACAGUAAAAGUCCUGCAUUCAAAACUUACUUCAGUAAGAGAACAAAAGUAUCAGCAUCAAAAUGUACUUAAAGGUAUCAAAAGUACUCGUCCUACAGAUUGCUUAGAUUGUUAUAUAUAUUCCAAAUAUAUUCUAUAUUUUUGAUGCAUUUAAUUUAGCAGCAAUUUCAUUUUCUCAAGGUAGGGCUGAUUUUAACUUCUUAAUUUAUUGUUAAGAGAUUUCAUUUAAACAAAAUGUCUAAUCACAUUUAAAAGAUCACAGUCUUUUGUUAAAUCUCGUUCUGAAAUUAACUUAAGGUGUCCGAUAAAUGUAGUGGAGUAACACAUAUUAUGUUACAUACUCAAUACCUCAUAAUUGUACUGAAGUACAGUACUUGAGUAAAUAUACCAGGUAACAUUCCACCACUAGUUAAAACAAGUGAAAGCACUAGUUAUAAUGUGAGCAUAAUUACUUUAACCCCUUUUUGUACCCAUCUAGUAAUUGUAAAACAUUUUUACAUUUUACAUUUUUCAUUUUGUAAAAAAAAUUGAAUUAAUUGUGAUAGUCAUGAUUUCCACAUAUUUAUUCUAUAUAAUUACCAUAUUUACUUGCAAAUCAUCUCAGAAAGUGACAAAAACUACAUACUUAAUUUUUUUUUUAGCAUAUUUAUGAUGGAAUAACAUUAAAUGUUUCAUAUUUACAGCAAUGAAUGAUCAGAAGUUAUGAUUUCAGAGCAAAUAGUUCAUUAUAAUGACAUUAGCUCAAUAUCAGUUAAUUAUAAUUCAGUUAAGCGGUCCUUUCAUUGAGAUAUGGUUAUUCAAAAUGCGCUCUACCAUAUGGUUGAGCAGGCAGUUAAAGGGUUAAUUAACAACUGCAGAGUUGGCUCCAUGCUUGUAAUCCCAACAGGAAAUGAGGUGUCCUUCUUUCCUCAGCAGCAUAUUAGACUUUUUGACUGAGGUGUCUGGAGUGCAGCAUGCAGCAUGAUGGACAUAGAGAGGCCAAAAAACGCUAUCUGCCUGUGUAUUUUCCUUUUGACCAAACAGCAUAGUUAAUUUUAUAUAUUAAGGCACUCUUUUUUUGUUUUUUGUUUUUUUUAAUUGUAUUUAUUUGCCGGUCUUCAUUCUAAACUUGCUAACACUUGACAGGCAGUUGACCACAGUCUGUGUAGUAACAAACCAAUAUGUUAGAAUUCGAAUUGAGUGAACUGGACGCAACCUUUAUAUUUAUUUGAUUGAGUAUUUGCUGUUUCUGAUUUGUAGACAGUUUUAAAGUUAAAGCCAACGUAGGUGACAAUGAUCACCGACAGAACAUUUUGCACAACACUGUAAUUACAUUAUUACUCCACAUGCUUUUAGCACUAUCAGUAUAAUCUGUAACAGCAAUGUAAUCAGUAUUAGUAAAUUCAGCCCUGGACCCUGUU